CAUUAUAAAUAUUAAUAAAAUUCAUUUAAUAAAAUUUUACUUUUAAGCAUCUAAUUGUUUAGUAUUAGUUACAAAUUCUUAGCUAUAAAUUAUUUUGUGUGAAAUAAUUCUUCUAAUUGCUUUUUGAUGACUAAUUUAUUUGGAAUUGAAGAUUUUCAUUUUCCUCAUGUAUUUUAUUAAAACCGGCACAACCGACAUGAAUACUGGUUGUACCACGGUCAAACAUUCCACUUACAAAACCGGCACAUCGGCAUAAACCGGUUUGACAACCUUGGUUGGCUGGUUUUUUGAUUUGGUCUCAUUUGGUCCUGGUUAACGAACCAAACCCCAAUCCGAAUGUGCAACUCCAGUUCCGCGUUAGGAGAAAAGAUAGACGAGAGUCGUGUGAAGUGCGUGGAAAACCGCAAUUCUGACCUCCACAGCCAAACCAACAUCCAACCGGCCACUGGCAGUGCCAGGCUGCCACCACCGUCGGUUUGCCAUCUCAUCGUCUGCUGUCGUUUUCAGCCUUUUCUUGUCGUCCUCCUCUGACCAACCUAUCCCACCCACCACCACGACGUCGUCUUCUUCAUAUCCCUCCCUCCCCAACCACGCGCAGAAGAAGAAGGCAGAAUCUCCCCCUCUACCCAACUCCCCGUAUUUAUUGGCCGUUUCAAAAUCAUUUCCCACACCCUUCUUUCCGUUUUCUACUUUUCUCCUCCGCUCGACUCCACUCCACAGAAAGGAAAGGAAAGGAAAAAGGGGAAGAAAUCGGAGAAAGCGAAUAUUGAACAGAGCAGCGAGUCCACCGAGAUUUCGAUUCGCGCUCGCCGGAGAAUUCCAUUUUCCCCGUCUUCCAAUCCGAAGUAGACAAGUCCAUUCUCUUCUCGAUCUGUUCGCCCCUCGGGUAAGUCGUUGUCAUCUUCCCCUUUCUAUCUCGGGAACUUUCUUUUUCAGAUCUGUAUGCUUAGCGAGCUUGUUGGAACUCGCGAUUAAUCUGUUGAUGGAUCUCGCAGGUUCGAGAGAUCUGAGAAGAGGGAAUUGGAGAUACACAGAGUAAGAGUAGCAGUAGUAUUAUUUGUUGACGGAAAAGGAAACUAUGGCGCAUAAGGUAGAUCACGAGUACGAUUAUCUCUUCAAGAUUGUGCUGAUCGGAGACUCCGGCGUCGGUAAAUCCAACAUUCUUUCCCGCUUCACCAGAAACGAAUUCUGCUUGGAGUCCAAAUCCACUAUCGGCGUCGAGUUCGCCACCAGAACUUUGCAGGUGGAAGGAAAGACUGUAAAGGCUCAGAUUUGGGAUACAGCAGGCCAGGAGAGGUACCGAGCGAUCACAAGUGCUUACUACAGAGGGGCAGUUGGUGCACUCCUUGUCUAUGACAUUACCAAGAGGCAAACAUUUGACAAUGUCCAACGGUGGCUACGCGAGUUGAGAGACCAUGCAGAUUCCAACAUUGUCAUAAUGAUGGCUGGAAACAAGUCCGACUUGAAUCACCUGAGGGCUGUUUCAGAUGGAGACGGACAUACCUUGGCCGAGAGAGAAGGUCUCUCAUUCCUCGAGACGUCAGCACUUGAAGCAACGAAUAUCGAGAAGGCAUUUCAGACGAUACUGACAGAGAUAUACCAUAUCAUAAGCAAAAAGGCGUUGGCUGCCCAGGAAGCUGCUGCUAAUUCUUCCAUUCCUGGCCAAGGAACCACCAUCAAUGUUGCAGAUGGCUCAGGCAAUGUCAAGAAAGGAGGUUGCUGCUCUGCCUAAGGAGCCCGUGUCAUGUACUGACUGACCAAUGGGUGGAAAGCACAAUCGGCAAGCAACCAUUCUUCCUUCCUUUGUUUUUCAUUUCUUUUGGGUUUUCAUUUAGCAAUUUUUGGCCAAGAGGAGACCUGUAGAUUACUCUCUGUUCCCCGUAAAUUGAGAAUGUGAAAUUUGCAAAGAUGCUAUGGUUAGAUUUCAGGGUGGCCUUUUCCUUUUUCUGCUUAUUUCUUUGUUAUUUACACUUUCAAACAAAGCUUGGAUAUGAUGAUAGCACGGAUGUAGAGUGACCACAUAUUACCUCAGUUGAGACUUUUGUGAGACACAGUGCCUAAAAGCAGAGAAAUUCGUUUUCCUUUCGCUGAUCUUGUAAACCAGUCAUUUUACAGUGCAAGCUUAGGCCACUAACUACCACAAUGAGUUACAGUGUUGUCCAUUAUCGUUUUUCAUUCCACAAUUGGUUAUUUGGUGCAUCUGAUCGGCUGCCAUCAAAGGUGGAAGUCCACUAGCCAAAAGGCAUGCGAGCCAUUACAGUACACCCUGGGCCCCUGGCAGUGACAAAUGAAACAGGCAGUUGAAG